AUGGAUGCGGGCAACAGUGCGUCUGUGCUGUGGUACAGGAGGUCCAAACCUCAGGGGAAAGUGAGGCGACGGGUUCAAGACCUCCGCAUCCCUUCCUCCUCGUACUAUGACUUCAUAGCCAGCAGACCCGCUCUGGACCUGAGCCACAAUGAGAGUGCCCGACUCGCAGCCGACUGCCUGCUCAGUCAGGGCUUGAAGGGAUACCACGAGGUGCUGAAGGAAGAGGGAGAAGUGGACUUUCUGUCAGAGCUGGAGAAGAGUUACAUUCUGGAAAACAGGAGGCAUGACUACACAGAUGAUCCUGGUGGAACUGAUGAUGAUGAUGACAAAGAGUUAGACAGCUUAUCUGCUGGCUCUCGAUCUCCCACCAGCUGCUCUGCAGUGUCAACAGACAGUGAUCCUACUCUGGCAGACUUGGACCACAGCGGCCUGAGAGGUGUGAAUUCGAGCGGUCCUGUCCUGAGCGACUCCAGUAUUGAGGUUUUUUUCCAGUCUGACAGCAGGGCCGCCGGCAUGAAAGACGUGGUCAGGCAGUUCAUCAGGAAGGCUGAACUGGCUCUGGCCAUAGUGAUGGACAGCUUCAGUGACGUGGAGCUGCUGUGUGAUCUUCUGGAGGCGAGCAGGAAGAGGAACGUGUCCGUUCAUCUGCUGCUGGAUCGUCUCAACCUGAACCUGUUUCUGAGCAUGUGGCAGGACCUCAAUCUCAACAGCAAAAACUUCCCUAAGCUGUCAGUACGAAGUGUCCAUGGACAAACCUACUGUUCAAAGACAGGCAGGAAGCUGACAGGUCAGAUUGCUGCCAGUUUUAUCAUCACUGACUGGGUUGAAGUGCUGACUGGUUCAUACAGUUUCUCGUGGCUGUCCUGGCAGGUCCAUCGGAGUCUUGCCGUCCGCAUGAAGGGCAGCUCAGUUGCACCUUUCCAACAGGAAUUCCACAGACUCUACUCCAGCUCCAAACCAGUCGCUGGUUUUGUCACUUUCAUCACUUUGCCGCACAGUCUUGGUCUCAGUUCCAGAUCACAUGAAGCUCACAAUAAUAACAGUGGCAUCACUAAGCCGAAAUCAAACCAGACCAAAACAACAAUGUGCCUCUGGGCUUGGAAUGAAAAGCCUGCAAACACUCAGACGGCUUUGUGUGAUCCACCAGGCCUAGAACUGGAGUGCGGCAAAGGUGAAAACCAGACUGUGCACAGAGCAGACACUGGUUUGCAAACACAGAGUAGAUCUCAACAACUGUACCCAAAACCUUUGCUUCAAACAGAAACAGAGUGUAAGGAGCAGCGUGUACCUCUGGAGAAGCCACAACAAACAGUGGGAGGUCUGUGCGCUCAGCCUGAGGCAAGAAGAAACGUGGAACCUCUGGAGAUGAACCAAGGCCAGAUCCACUGGCAUUUAAACCCUCCUGAUCAGACCUACAACCCAUACGGUCAGUCUCAACUAGCCAGCUUCACCAUCAUCACCACCACUGAAAAGACUGCAAGGGUUCAGGAGCCAAGCCCUCUGCACACCGCCUCCCCGACACACGGACAGCACAGGACUGGACGCUAUCAGUCACCGCUAAUGAAGAAUUCAAGUACUGAUCAGCCAGAUGUGGCGACUGAAGGACAUUUCUUUCAGCAAAGGAGCAGAAAUGUACUAACCACAGGCCUAAACACACAGAGAGGACAGUGGAACUACUCACUAAACUUGAAACCAAAGGUAGAACUUCCAUCUGAUAAUCCCAGGCUCCUGACUCCUUCUACUCCAUCACAGCAACAACAACCAAAUAGCAGCUUCCAGCUUCCUUUCAGCAGCCCAAGGGGCCACUCAUCUGGGCUACAAACCAAAAUCUCCUUUCUAGAAACCAGAAGGCAAGAUCAUCUCCAGAGGCACUGCCAGUCCCCUCUUCAGUCACACCCUAACACAGAUUCCCCUGGUCCAAAGUCAGCUUCCACAGGAAUGGGAGCUCAUCUCAAGCCUCCGCUCCAGACAAACUCCAGAGUGUUCAUGCCAGGAGCCAGGAUGCUGCCACAGUCUCGCGCCUCCCAGCAGAGGAUCAACUGGACCCCCCAAAGUAAUCAAGCUGCGGCUCGACCCGGAGCUGUGGCUCGUCACAGCUCCUUCAGCGCCGCUCAGGGGAUGGGACAGAGGACAGGAGGACAGCUGGGCUGGAGGCCGUUCCAGAGCGGCAUGAAUUCACCGCUGGGAAGAAGCAAGAGCAUGACUGAUAGACGCACAGCAGGCUUCAGAGGUCUUAAUCAAAACCGACCAUAA